UUGCGCGGCGUUUUCAGUCUUUAGAAAGCUAUCGGCCGGUUCAGCGUCUAGUCUUCGCAAGUCUCGUUUCGCACGUAUUUUUUCCCUUUGACUCGUGGUGUGAGUGCACAAAUUAGCCUAGCUUUCUGCCAAGAGUUUUUGAACUCUCGUGAUAAGAAGAUUCGCAUUUUCCAUAAAGCUAGCAGUGAAAAGUCAGUUGAUACGUUAUCGAUUUUUUGCCUUUACUGCGGUUUUUGUAACGGAGAUUUUUUAGUGAGUUUAGUAGCAGCUAACUGUGAAGGGUGAAAAAAAGAUGGCAGCCGUCAGUUUCGAUGAAAAGGUACUUGCCGCAAAAUCGAUCAUUUGCGACAUUGAAGGUACUACGUCCUCCGUCGACUUUGUAAAGGACGUUCUAUUUCCUUACGCACUGAAAAAUGUUGAGGAAUAUCUCAAAACACAUUGGAACGACGAUGCAACCAAAACAGUGGUGGCUGCGCUGCGCGAACAAGCAGAAGAGGACAAGAAGGCCGAGGUUGAAGGUGUUGUAACUAUUCCCGCUGAGGACUCGGAGGAUGUCAUUCCCGAUAUCGUCAAGAAUGUCGAAUGGCAAAUGUCUCUCGAUCGCAAGACCGGCUCGUUAAAAACUUUGCAAGGUCUAGUUUGGGCCAAAGGCUACAAAGAUGGUUCUAUUAAGGGACACGUAUACGAAGACGUCUCGAAAGCAUUUGAACAGUGGACACAAGCGGGACGAAAAAUCUAUAUCUAUUCAAGCGGAAGCGUCGACGCUCAAAAGUUGCUGUUUGAACACAGCGAACAGGGCGAUCUGGUAAAGUAUUUAGCUGGUCAUUACGACACCAAAAUUGGCGCUAAGCAGGAGAAGGACAGUUACGCAGCCAUUCUUAAGAACAUCGAAGUCAGUGCCGAAGAGGCUCUUUUCUUAACUGACAUCAUUGCCGAAGCUAAAGCUGCCAAGGAAGCCGGUCUAAAUGUGGUGCUCCUGGACAGACCCGGCAAUGCCGAGCUGUCCGAGGAUGACCGCAAGGAAUUCACCGUAAUCUCGUCGUUCACCGACAUCCCAAUCGAAGCAGUCGAGGAGGAAUCGACCAACGGCGCUGGCAAGCGCAAAAUUGAUGAAACUGCCCAAGACGACGAAGCUCAGCAGCCACCAUCUAAAGUCGUCAAAGUGAACGGAAAUACCGCUGAUGAGGCCGAAAACGAACUACCGAAGAACCCUGCAGUCGUUGUAGAAAACGGUGCUAACCACACGAAGGACGAACAACCAGUCGCCGAAAAGAUGGACGUUGAUGUUGAGAUGACCGAUGCCAGUGCCAAGGAAACCAAACCAACUGAAACCGAUGUAACUGAAAAGACUGACACUAGUGCGGUAGAAACAGAAAUAUCCGCCGGUGAGAAAAACGAGUUAAACAGAAAACCUGAUAGUGAGCAAAAGAAGCAAGUUGCCAAGCAAGAAGAAAUCGCUAUAAGCGAAACUAAGCAGGAAAAGGAAGUUGAGAAUAAACCAGAGGAGGACAAAGUCGAAGAUAAGAAGUGUACCGAAACCGCUCCACCUCCUAAAAAAUCGAAGGAGGACUCGGAGAAAAUGGAAAUUGACGAGGCAAAGACUGACAAAGACGCAACUAAUUCGAAAGAUAUUAAAGAAGCAGUCGAUUCAACCAUAAACUCAACCGAAACCUCAAAACAAGAGGAAACAGUAGCACAAACCGAAUCUACUACACCCAAGGCUGAAACAACAAAAGAAGCUGAACCAAAAAUCGCUGAAAAAUCCACCGAAAUUGCGUCUGGAAAACCGGCUGAUCCGGUCGAGGCAAUAUCUGCCAAGAAAGAGGAAACUGCGAAAGAGGACAUAACUAUGAAAGAGGCAAAAACAGACGCAACAGCUUCUGAAACCGAUGUGUCAGCUACACCAGAAGCCAAGAAAGAGGGUACAGUCGCUGUAGACAACCUGACUGAAAUAAAAACUGAUUCCACUGAGGAAAAGAAAACGACAGAUACCGUCGUUGCGAAUGUAACUAACACAGUUUCUGAGACUGCUCCCGAGAAGCUGGAAGUGAAACCUGCUGAAACAGAAAUGGUUAAAUCAACUGAAAAACCUAAGGAAAAAGAGGCAGUCCCCGAAAAAGAGAAGGCUACUGAAACGGUAAAGGAAACAACUACUGAAAUGCCGGUCGAAGAAGCACAUCCAAUAGAGGAGAAACAAAAGGAAAGGGAACAAAAGGCCGAUAUAUCCAGUACAGUCGAGGCCGUACCAGAAGACAAAAGAGUUGAAGUUACUACGACCGGUCCGGUUGAAGAGGUUGCGGUUGAGGCCAAAGAAGAGUCAAUGGAAACUGAUGCAUCACCUUCGGUCGCAGCUGCAGAUAGUAAACCAGAAGUAGAGAAGAAAACAGUUACGCCAACUACUACAGAAAAGAUGGAAACAGAUUCCGUAAAAACCGAAGAAUCAAAACCAGCAGCUACCGAGGAAAAGAAAAAUGUUGACUUGGAAGCAACUGUGUCAACCACGGUCACAGAAAAAACUACCGAAAACGGAACGCAUCAGAAUGGAACCUCAGCUGAGCCAACCAGUGGUAAAGAAGAGCAACGAGUACCGGAAAAUGGCGAAGCCGAGCCAAAAAUCAGCACCAACGGAGGAACAAAUGGCACCCACGACGAAGAGAAAAGCGAUAGUGAUAAGGAAAACGACACAUCCUCAACCAAUGUGGAAGAGGUCACCGAUGCGGCGACUACCAACGGUAAUGAAAACGACAGCUCAAGUACUACUACUGCGACCAGUACCUCCACAGCUUCCUCCACAACUGAUCUAGUGACCGAGAUCAAGUCCAAAAAAGUUAUCGACGUUGGAGCAAGUGCUCCAACGCCGCCAAUCGAAGCGGAAUCGUAAAUCGGCCCUCAUACGUUAUAAAAAUAACUCCGUUGAUAAGUAGGUAAAAAGAGCUGUAGAGAGAGAGAAAUGAAGAAUGCGAUUCAAUACUUGUUUAAAGAGCAAGGACAACGCAAAGGAACUAUUAUGCCCUUGUGUGCUUAUGACGAAAAGUGAAUAUUAAUUAAUUACAUUUUUAUAUAAAUAUUUAUACUAUAGAAGGACAGACAAGGAUUGCUUUAUCCUUUUUACAGAACAUAGAACGGGCUGUUCCCAGUUUUUGUUCACGUAUAAACCCAACGCAAAAUUUGGACUAUCGCAAUUUUUUUUUAACAAUAGAAAAAAAGCACGGGUUGCUACUCGGAAACUGCCAACAUUAGAAGAAAAGAACCACAAUCAUCUUAGGAUAGGCAGAACAUAGUACCAUACAUUAACUUUCUUGAUCAACAGCAUAAAAUCCAACAUGAACCACUGUAGUAGUAAACGUUAGGAGUUAACCGCAAAUCAAAUUAUGCAACUUAGCUCGCAAGACUUUUAAUUUGUGAUGUUUAUUUAAAUCAAACUUGUAAUAGUCUUUUACCGAAACUAUUGAAAAUUUUGUAACUGUUUUAAAACCAUAAAUUCCACUGAACUGUACCAUUUAAAAAAAAAUCUUUUGAUUAUCCUCUUUUUCUCUUUAUUCCCUCGAGGCAAGGCAAGCAAGGUAUUUUCACUGCAUUUAUAACAAACACAUAUGUCUUCCUGCUUCCAAGCGAGAACAAAGACACAAUGCGAUGGCACAAGACUAACUAGCAAUCAUAGUUCCUGAGAUUAUUUUUUAAAACUAACUGUAUACCAGUCAAUGCCCCAAUCGGAGAAAGAGAAAAAUUGAGAUGUCAUCAAGAAAAUGGUGUUUUAUCCAAUGAACCCACUAAUUGUCAAAGUCUCAUCACAGCUACAGAGUCAGGAACAUUCCGCAUGCUACAAUACAAGCGUUACAGUUCCUUGUUACGGAAUCACGAGAGGACAGUAUUACCGCGACUACUAAUGCUUAUUUUGUCUUUUCAAGUUUUGCAGUGACACACAGGCGUAACGGUGUAAACUAUAACCAUAUUAGAAACUUCUCUUCUCCGUUCUCGUCUGUCCGCUGCUAAGUUAUAUUGUAUAUUGAAAACGUAGAGAGCAGAAGAAGAAUCGUAAUGUGAAAUCACAAUUAUUGUGUCAAUAUUGAUAUCAAACAUGAAAUGUGGAAAGCUAGCGUGUCACUUUUUGAAUGUUUUCCAUCCUGAAGUAUUUAAGGGAUAACGUAAGCCAACUUCGUUCGAAGUACGUAAAUUAAACUAAUAAAACAAAAUGAUUCAAAUGAAAACGAUGAAACAACAACAAAAAAAUCAUAAAGAUGGAAAUAAACUAAUCAGUAAUAUUUUAAAAACGAUUCAA